AAUUUACUGAUGGAAUGUUCUCACCUUGUAAGAACCCUAUUUUGUGUUGAGAAUGUGUGCUCGAUGAGGGAGGGGUUUUAAUCGCGGCGGGGAAUGGCGUGUGUGGCGCCGAUGCCGCACAACAUUGCGCUUGCUAGUCCUCGCGAUCGCCUCGUUCGAUUGGGCGCGCUCUGGUCUGCCGCUCGCCUAGCUUCGUCUUGGUGGCCGCGCCUCGAUAGGCGCCUUUGCGCCGCUGCAAUCCAGGAUAGAAAUGUGGCUGGAGUGAACGAUCUCUCUGGGCUGCCUUCUCAGCAGCGCUUCUUUGAUGUGAUCUUCCUGGGAACAGGGACUAGCGAAGGUGUUCCAAGAGUUAGCUGUCUUACAAAUCGCUAUAAGAGAUGUCCUGUCUGCUUCGCUGCCUUGCAGGUCGGCAAUAAGAACAGGAGGCGGAACACAAGCAUUAUCGUACGCUACCCAAGGCGCGAUGGAACCAGGAUGAACAUACUCGUUGAUGCUGGCAAGUUCUUCUACCACAGUGCGCUUCAAUGGUUUCCAUACUACGGAUUAAGGCACCUUGACGCUGUUAUUAUUACCCAUUCUCAUGCGGAUGCUAUUGGCGGUUUGGAUGACCUUCGCGACUGGACGAACAACAUACAAGACUCGAUUCCAAUAUAUGUCGCCCAAAGAGAUUUGGAGGUCAUGCGAAAAACUCACUACUAUUUGCUUGAUCCGACCGUGAUCACGGAGGGAACGCAAGUUUCCAAGCUUCAAUUCAAAGUGAUUGAUGAACAGCCAUUCUUUGUCGAGGACGUGAAGGUUACACCACUGCCGGUUUGGCACGGCCCUGGAUAUCGUUCUCUAGGAUUUCGAAUAGCAGACAUGUGUUAUAUCAGCGAUGUGAGCGAGAUUCCAGAGGAAACAUAUGCACUUCUACAAAACUGCGAUUUGUUGGUUGUCGAUGCACUGAGACCCGAUCGUCCCAGUACGACACAUUUUUCUCUUGACCAGGCUUUAGAUGCUGUGAAAAGAGUACAUCCCAAGCGCACGCUCUUUACAGGGAUGAUGCACACGAUGGAUCACGACAAGGUAAAUAAACAAUUAGCCGACUUGAAACAUUCCGAGGGCCUUGAUGUCCAGCUAAGUUUUGAUGGACAGCUCGUGCAAUUGCGGCUGUGAUCUUUUGAAUUGUUAAAGCCUGUAUUUGAGAUUAGUUCAAAUCUUCACAAAGGGUGGCAA